AUUUCAAUUUUUGUGUUCAAUUUGGUUUAAUGAGUUGAGCACAUGAUACUUGAAAAACAAUACAUUUGGUAUUUAUUCUGUACAAAAAGCAAAGUGCACAUCCUUCGGCGACCCCUUCACUGUACCAGACAACUUUAUUUCCGCCCGUCAGUCAAACACUGGUGAGGGGUUGUACUCCUGCUGUUCCGUCAUUCAGGAAGUCCAGACCAACUGACAGCACUUCAUGAAGUCACACCUUUAGAUUCGGACUAAAUGCUGCUGAAGUGCGUACGUUUCUCAACAACGACGGGUUUUAAAAAAAAGGUGCAGUCUUAUUCCAAUCAUGAGGAAAGUCGGCAAGAAGUCAACAGACUAAAAAGGAGGAGAAAAAGAUAGAACUAGAGGGAGGAGGGCUAGUCUGACACCCACUAUACACAUUUUCUACAGGUCUAGCUGGCCAAUGCCGGGCCCGUCGUGGACAACUGGUGGCGGUAGUAGCAGCAGUGUGCAUGUGAGUGUGGUCCCUGGCGCCUAGCCUAUGUCCAGCCCAUAAUGCCGUCGUCCACACGGAAAGGGGUGCUGAAGGACCCCGAGCUGGCCGACCUCUUCUUCAAAGAUGAUCCCGAGGACGUCUUUUGUGACCUGCAUGAAAUUGGACAUGGCAGCUUUGGGGCUGUGUACUUUGCACGCAAUGCCUACUCCAAUGAGGUGGUGGCCAUCAAAAAGAUGUCCUAUAAUGGCAAGCAGACUACAGAAAAGUGGCAGGACAUCAUUAAGGAGGUUAAGUUUUUGGGACAGCUGCGACACCCAAACACGAUUGACUACAAAGGCUGCUACUUGAAAGACAACACUGCCUGGCUGGUGAUGGAGUACUGCCUGGGCUCUGCAUCAGAUUUACUAGAGGUUCAUAAGAAACCACUCCAAGAGGUGGAAAUUGCUGCCAUUACCCACGGUGCCUUGCUAGGAUUGGCUUACUUACAUUCCCAUAAUAUGAUUCACAGAGAUGUGAAAGCUGGUAACAUCCUGCUGACUGAACUGGGUCAAGUCAAACUGGCUGACUUUGGCUCUGCUUCCAUUGCUUCACCUGCCAACUCCUUUGUGGGAACACCUUAUUGGAUGGCCCCAGAAGUGAUCCUAGCCAUGGAUGAGGGUCAGUAUGAGGGGAAAGUGGACAUCUGGUCCCUGGGGAUCACCUGUAUUGAACUGGCGGAGCGUAAACCGCCCUUGUUCAACAUGAACGCCAUGAGUGCCUUAUAUCACAUUGCCCAGAAUGACUCUCCCACGCUGCAGUCCAACGAGUGGUCUGACCCCUUCCGGAGCUUUGUCGACUACUGCCUACUGAAAAUUCCUCAGGACAGACCGUCAUCAGCGGAGCUGCUACGACAUGAUUUUGUGCGUAGGGAACGUCCGCCACGCAUUCUCAUCGACCUCAUUCAGAGGACCAAGGAUGCGGUGCGGGAGCUGGACAACCUGCAGUAUCGCAAGAUGAAGAAGAUCCUCUACCAGGAGAAACACAACGGGCCCAUGGGAGAAAGCCAGGAAGAGGAGGAGGACAGUGAGGCAGCCAGCUGUAAGAUGAACAGCCUGGGUAGCAACCACUCCAUCCCCAGCACCUCGGUCAGCACAGGUAGCCAGAGCAGCAGCGUGAACAGUAUGCAGGAGGUGCUGGAUGACAGCUGUUCCGACAUGACCAUGAUGCACCCCCAGGACUACAGCAGCACCCUUGACUCCUCCCCGCACUCCAAGAAGGACCAUCAGUACAGCUGGGACGAUGGGAUCCAUAGGGACCACCGGCCAGAGCCAAGGCCAGCCUCCUCCGACAAGAGCAGCCAGGCCCAAAACUACAAGAACCAAGGCCGCUUUGCCACCAUAAAGUCAGCUUCACUGGUGACCAAGCAGAUCCACGAGCAUGAGCAGGAGAGCGAGCUACGGGAGCAGAUGUCGGGCUACAAACGCAUGCGGCGGCAGCACCAGAAGCAGCUUAUCGCACUGGAAAACAAGCUGAAGGCUGAAAUGGACGAGCACCGGCUCAAGCUGCAGAAGGAGGUUGAGACGCAGGCCAACAAUGCCUACAUCGAGCUGGAGAAACUGGCAAAGCGCCAUGCCGCGCAAACUGAGAAGGAGAUGAAGACGGCAUUGGCAGAUGAGAAGAAGUUCCAGCAGCAGAUCGUUGCACAGCAGAAGAAGGAGCUCACCACUUUUCUGGAUAAUCAAAAGAAGCAGUACAAACUCUGCAAGGAGAAGAUUAAGGAGGAGAUGAAUGAGGACCACAGCACACCCAAGAAGGAGAAGCAGGAGCGUCUGUCCAAGCACAAGGAGAACAUGCAGCAUUCCCAGGCAGAGGAGGAGGCCCAUCUCCUGGCCCAGCAGAGGAUUUUCUAUGAGAGAAACUGCCGUGCCUUCAAGCGCAAAGUCAUGACUAAGAGGCACGAGUUGGAUCAGGAACAGAUUCGAGAGGAACUGAACAAGAAGAAGGCCCAGAAGGAGAUGGAGCACGCCAUGCUGAUCCGCCAUGAUGAGUCCACGCAGGAACUGGAGCAGCGGCAGCUGAAGACCCUGCAAAAGCUGCGGAUGGACUUGAUCCGUCUGCAGCACCAGACAGAGCUGGAGAACCAGAUAGAGUACAACAACCGACGUGAGCGUGAACUCCAUCGUAAGCACGUGCUGGAGCUGCGGCAGCAGCCCAAGAACCUCAAAGCUUUGGAGCUACAGAUCAAGAAGCAGUUCCAGGACACAUGUAAGGUGCAGACCAAGCAGUACAAGGCCCUGCGCCACCACCAGAUGGAAGUUACGCCUAAGGCUGAGCACAAGACAGUGCUUAAGGCCCUGAAGGAUGAACAGACACGGAAGCUGGCUAUCCUAGCUGAGCAAUAUGAGCAGAGCAUCAAUGAGAUGAUGGCCUCACAGGCACUGCGUCUGGACGAAGCCCAGGAAGCUGAGUGCCAGGCCCUGAGGCAGCAGCUGCAGCAGGAGAUGGAGCUGCUCAAUGCCUACCAGAGCAAGAUCAAGAUGCAGACUGAGGCGCAGCACGAGCGUGAGCAGCAGAAGCUGGAGCAGAAGGUCUCACUGCGCCGGGCUCACCUGGAACAAAAGAUUGAAGAGGAGCUGGUUUCCCUUCAGAAGGAGCGAACUGACCGAAUCAAACACCUCCUGGAGCGGCAGGAGCGGGAGACCGAUGGAUUCGACAUGGAGAGCAUGCGGCUGGGCUUCAACAACCUGGGCACCUUGGACUUUCCCAAGGACGACUACAGAUGAGGGGCUGCUGUCGCUGCUGUUGAUCCCCGGGCGUCCGACUGCCUCAGAACAACCUCUCCACUCUCUUUACCUGACCUGACUGUGCAGGUGUUCACUGCUGCUGCUGACACCCACACUCAGACACACAGACCCAUAAUAGAUGGCUCCAGAAUCAGCUCCAGAGUUUUCUGGGCCAGUCAUACAGAAUCGGUGGCAGGUUCGAGUGCCCCCUGAAACAAACCUAAAAUUCCUCCCCCUCCUUGCCUCUCAUUGUGUCACAAGAUGACAAAAAGUGCUGGAUAACUUCCUGUAGUUGUCUUGUUUUUGUAAGAAUAAUGAACAUAGUCACAGUGUUUCUUGUGCAUUGAUGACACUUUUGAUGACUAAAAGUGGAAAAUGAGAGAAGGAGGGAGAGAAAAACGAGGGCAGUUCAAUGAGCAAAGUCACUCCACAACCAUGCAUUUUUAGAGGCCAUUCAUUUUUUCCUUAGCUUGUUCUUUGGUCUCCAGCAGUGCAAAAAAAUUCCUAAAGCGAUAAAUCAAACAGCAGAUUCUUUCUUAGCCAUUCGUCUGUCUGUGCUGCUUCUCGCAGCAGGUUUUGGUAUUUAUUCAUCAAGAGAUUUUUAUGACAAAUUUGAUACUUUGAGUGAGAAAUAUCAUGAUGUACAUACAGGUACACUUCUAGUAAAUGUGACUCCUUCAGGUGAUUUACUGAGGGAGGGUUGAAUCCUGGUACUCAAUGGAUGUAUUGUACUGGUCUCUGCACUGGCAGCCAAUGUGAAUAAUGAUACAUGUGACACAUGAACUCCAGCUAGCACAAAGGGCUCUGUGGGGGUGGGUAGGCGAGGGCUUAUACUUUGUGUACAGAAGGAUUUAUGGAGAGCUUUUACUUAUUUUCAUAUUGUAUUUUAAUUGUCACUCAAAUCAAAAAGAGUUUUUAAAGGCGCCUUU